CGAGCUUUAUACUACACUCCCUCCCCUCUUCCAUUUGCGAACUCUUCCUGCUUCUCGUCUUCGUCCCUCACAACUCUCGACCAUAUUUCAUCAUACCAACUCCACUAGAACCCUUCACGUAACCCCACUGGUUCUACCGAAAGAGCUUCUCCUCCUCGUCACUGGAAUCGUCUCGCUGAUUCUUUGAUCAUGGCUGGUUUAGCUGAGCAUGAGAAUCUCUUUAAGAGAAGGUGCAAGUGGGUGAAUGGACCGCUCAUCGUGGGAGCAGGUCCUUCGGGACUCGCUGUGGCGGCAUGCCUAAAGGAGCAUGGCGUCCCCUUCGUGAUCCUCGAGAGGUCCAGCUGCAUUGCCUCCCUCUGGCAAAACCGCACCUACGACCGAUUAAAGCUCCACCUCCCGAAGCAAUUCUGCCAGCUUCCCAAGCUCCCUUUCCCUGAUGACUUCCCCGAGUAUCCCUCCAAGAACCAGUUCAUAGACUACUUGGAGUCCUACGCCCGGCACUUCCAGCUCAACCCACAGUUCGAUGAGACCGUGCUCUCUGCGAAGUACGAUAGCACCUGCGGGAUGUGGCGGGUGAGGACCGCCGUGGGACGCCGCCAGGCCGUGGGCAGGAAAGCCGAGGCGGAAUACAUUUGCCAGUGGCUAGUCGUGGCUACAGGCGAGAAUGCAGAUUGCGUGAUCCCGGAGAUGGAAGGACUCGAGAAGUUCGGCGGGCGGGUGAUACAUUCAAGCGACUACAGAUCCGGUGAGGCGUACCGGGGAAAGCAGGUGCUUGUUGUCGGCUGCGGAAACUCCGGCAUGGAAGUCGCCUUUGAUCUCUGUCAUCAUAACGCCUUCCCCACCAUGGUGGUGCGUGACUCGGUCCAUGUGCUACCACGGGAGACAUUAGGGAGAUCGACGUUUGAGCUCGCUGUAUCCUUGAUGAAAUGGCUUCCAUUGAAGAUGGUCGACAGGGUCCUGUUGGCCCUGUCAUGGAUGACACUUGGGAACAUCGAGAAGCUCGGCAUAAAACGACCUUCUCAGGGUCCUCUGGAGCUGAAGAACACGCAGGGCAAGACACCCGUGUUGGACAUCGGUGCCCUGAGCAAAAUCAAGAGCGGUGAGAUAAAGGUUGUUCCUGGAGUCAAGAGGUUUUUGCAUGGCAAGGCAGAGCUGGUGGAUCACACGAUCAUCGACGUCGAUUCGGUCAUCCUGGCCACCGGUUAUCGCAGCAACGUUCAUUCAUGGCUGCAGGGAACUGACUUCUUCAACAAAGAUGGUUUCCCAAGGCAUCCAUUCCCAAAUGGAUGGAAAGGGAGCUCAGGGCUUUAUGCUGUUGGAUUCACGAGGAGGGGGUUGUCUGGUGCAUCCCUGGAUGCUGUGAAGAUAGCAGAGGACAUUGGCAGGGUGUGGAAAGAGGAAACCAGGCAGGCCAAGCACAUAAUUGCCUGCCACAGAAGAUGCACCUCACAGAACUGAUGAAGAGCUUUACAGCUUCUGCUAAUCUACUUUCCUCACAAUGAUUGCAGUGUACAACUGAAUUAAGAAAGCAAAGGGAGACGGCCAUCUCUCUCCCACAAGCCCAAGUUUUGUAUCAGGAAUGGGCUCUUUUGUGCAUACACCAUAGUUUAUGAUGAGGCUUCUUUUUCACUUUUGGAGUUUCUUCCCAACAAGUCAAUGCCUUUUUAGCUGGAGGAGGCAGUGCUCUUUUCAGCUGUUCCACCUUCCUAACACAAACAUCAUGGUCAACUGCACUUCCUCCGUUGUGUUCCCUUUGUUGUAGCAAUCUAUCCACCUUCAUCAUUUCCCAACUAAUAGAGUUAAACAUCUGUGUUACUACC